CAGCGCCCUCUGGCGUCUGGAGAAUAUCAACAACAUCACUUUUCCAGACCGAACCUCCCCUUCUCCCUUCCCGGCUGAUCUUCUUCGCCGCACGAAGAAUCUUUCCUCCCAGCACCUUGGAGGAGCUCCUCGUACCCGGCCAUUGUGUGCAGCGGCUCUGCGGGCCCGUAGAUCAGUCAAGUCGCUCCUCAGAUUGCGGUCGACCCAGAUAACAAUGACUUCUGCUCCCCCCAACGCGUCUUCAUCUGGAGGGAAAUCUCUUAACAUCUCCUCCACGCACCUGCCUUUUCCGCAGCACCAGGCUCAGGUGAUAUCUCCCAGCUUCGAGUCGACUUCCAGACGUUCCGGCAGUCAUUCGAACCCAAUUCACGCGUCGCCUCGAAACAACCAGAGCAGCAGGAAGCAACACAAGAACUCGAGAAAGCCAAGGCUAGCGGAUGAGGAUGCUAUGGCUGAAUCCGGAGCCAUGCGAAAUGCCAACAGUCGGAGGGGUCAGACCUCCAUCACCCAUCUCAUGAACUUCACCCUCCCUCCUCGACCGCAAGACACUCGGAACACAAUGGGUCGGGGUACUAGGAGGGGCAAUAUUUAUGGGAUCGGAUCCGGCCAUCAUUCCAUUGAUAAGGCGAGAUAUAUCCACGCAAAUUACCGCUUCAUUGUCAAACCAAACGGCAACUACAAGCAACAGGCCGUGGAUGCUAACCAGCAUCUGGACUGGAACGAUGUGCUGCAAAUUCUUGCUUCUGCUGUGUCUCAAGAAGCAUCGUGUCCUAUCUGUCUGUCCCAUCCUGUCGCGCCUCGGAUGGCAAAGUGCGGCCAUAUAUUCUGCUUACCUUGCCUGAUCCGCUACAUGCAUUCGUCGGACGACUCAAAUCCGAUGCCGGAAAAGAAGGCUCGAUGGAAGAAGUGCCCGAUAUGUUGGGAUACGGUAUACAUUUCAGAGACGCGGCCGGUAAGAUGGUACACUGGACAGGAAGGGCCACAGCCACGCGAAGGAGAUGAUGUUGUACUGAGGUUAGUGAUGCGGGAACCGGGAAGUACACUUGCAUUGCCUCGCGAUGGAGCUGAGGCUCUUGGCAACUCGGAGGAUGUCCCUUGGUACUUCGCCGCUGAGGUGACGGAUUAUGCUCGGAUCAUGAAAGGCAGUGAGGAGUAUAUGGUACAGCAGUUUGACGCUGAGAUUGAGGAUCUUAGACGUCAAGAAAAUGAGGACGAGCUGAUGUUUGGGGAGGAGCCCGAAUGGACGAGAAAGGCCGUUAACGCUGUAAUGGAGGCGAAGGAAAGGAUGAAGGGCAUUGGUGAUCCACCCAUCCCGAAGCAGCCGACAGAAAAGAAACCGAAGAAGCAGCCUAUACAGUUCAAUCCUACCAACGACGAGGCACCUGCGAUGUACUUCGUUCAUCACGCAUCCAAAUCGGGUCUGGAUUUAUCGUCAAAUGGAGUCGACGCUUCCUCAACCCCUGAAGCGGAACUGAGUACACAAUCAUCACGGGAGCAGAUACCGCCAGAUCCCUCCCAUGAGACUAGUCAGAAGCCUGGUCAGAAGCCUGAUCAGAAGCCCGUGCCCUCUCACCCACGGUCUAAAAAUCUACAUCCUAGCUUGAACGAAGCGCAUCCUCCAGAGGCCCCCUAUUUCUUCUACCAGGCUUUGCUACAUUACUACCUCGCUCCCCUAGACAUCAGGAUUCUCAAAACUGCCUUUGGAAGCUUUGCUUCUUUCCCUUCCACACUUCUUCCCCGCGUUGAGCGCGUGUCUACUGGGCAUAUUAUGGAUGACGAUUUACGAAAACGAACCAAAUACUUAGCACAUCUUCCUCACGGCUGCGAAGUCGGCUUCCUCGAAUGCAAUUGGACAGACGUUGUGCCUCCUGAGGUUCUAGAUCAAUUCAAAGAAGAGAUCGAACGACGCCGAAAGCGGAAUAGGGACAAAGACAUCAGAGAGGAGAAGGAUAGAUUGCGGGCUGAAAAGGCAGAGGAUGAUGCAAGAUGGGCGAACGCAAGAAGAAAGCGUCCCAGUAUAGUACAGGAAACCUUCUCCUCUGAAGACUUCCACCCCCUCGCCUCAUCAUCACUAGAUGCUGGCAAUGGCUCUCCACCUUGGCCCACAAGACAAGGGUCUUCAUUUGCUUCUUUAGCAUCACCAUCCACAAGCCCUUCGGCACCAAGAACAGUAUGGGGAACAACGCUCAUCGCACCCAGUUCUCCCGAAACGCAUUCCCAGCAACCUGAACCCAGUGGUGAUGAUGGCUGGCUUUCCUCAUGGGAGCAAGAGCUGAUGGCAGAGAACGAGCUCAUUGCCCAGGUUCAAGCGAGCUCGUUGAAUGGAGAGGGAAGCGAUAGUACGAGGCCAGGUGGUGGCGGGAAAAAGAAAAAGGCGAAGAAGAUCACGUUGAUGAGUACAACUGCUAGAAGGGCUGCUUGAUUUCCAUUUUUUUGUUGGCUGCAUGGCACUGCAUUGAGCGAAUCGGGUGCGGCGUUAAGGUUGCCUACAUAAUUACGUGGCUUGGAUGGGAUGGGGGCAAACUUCUGCAAUUUGUGCUCUAAGCAUUACAACAAUGCUAUUUUUUGGUUCGAAAUCAAACGACUUCCUACAUGCAGACAUGUGAUCUCAUUUUUUUUUCAGUCCGUCACCUAGUACUGUAUAUUCCGAACGGAGUUCUGUGCAGUUUGUACUGUGUAUUGAGAUUGGUAGCCAAUCGGAGGAAUAAGCGCUAUCCCAGAAUAUUGGCUUUUGUCGGGCAGAGCACUACUGAGCUGAACUGCGGCACGCUUCCCUCCCUUGCCAGCCAAGGUUCUGGACCGAAGAUCUCUCCUACAUUAAGCCGGCCGCUUGCAAUUUGCUCCAUGCAGAGUACUGUGCAGGAAUCCCGGCAUGAAAGAAAGCGCUGGCGAAGCUUAUACUUGAGAUCUACUGGCAGGCCC